GUUGAGCGAAGGCUGCAGUUUCAGUUUGUUUUAUUCACCAUUUUGAGUAGCUGAAGGUACAAUUUAAACUAAAUACUUUCGUAGAGCAGGAGUGUUUCCCGCAUUGUUUCAUUUUUUACCACAAGGAGAGGGCGUUGGUUUGGCGACGUCUCCUUUAGCCCUCUUGUGUUUUAAAAUACCACAUUUCGUCUGCAUUUUCUUCUGCUCUUUCACAAUUUUAACCUCUACAGUAUUCCUGCAGAAUGGCAAGACCAGUGAGGAACAGAAAGGUGGUGAAUUACUCCCAGUUUAACGAAUCUGACGAUGCAGAUGAGGACUAUGGGAGAGAAAAAGAAACAACUAAGAAGAUACGUGCUCCACCUCGUGAAAUCAAGAACAAGAAGUCUAAGAAUUCACAGGAAGAGAGCGAGGACUCCGAUGACAAACUCUCCAAAUCCAAAAAUGAUUCAGCAGAUGAUUUCGGUAGUGAUGAAGACAACGACUUUGGAGAGAAAGAGGAAGAUGAAGAUGGAGGAAGUGACUUUGAUGACAAAAAGGCCAAAAAGGGAAAGAAAGCAAAGGCAGAGAAGCCAGGCAAAAAGUCUCUGAAGAGGAAACGAGGUGGAGAUGACAGUGAUGAUGAUGAUGAUGAUAAAGAGGUGAGCAGGAAACCCAGGCAGGUGAGGCAAGCUGCCUCAAAGGCCGUGUCCAAACAGAGAGAAAUCCUUCUGGGAGAUGGAGGCAGUGAGGAUGAGGAAAAGGAUGAGGAACAGCAGGCAUACCUGGACCAAGAGUCAGGCAGUGACGAAGACUUCAUGGUUGAUGAUGAUGAUGACAGCGACUAUGGGCACUCCAAAAAGAAAGGCAAAAAAGUAGUGCCGAGAGGAGGAAGGAGAGUGGAGAAAAAGGACAAGAAGUCCCCUAAACCCCGACUAAAGGCCACAGUGAACCCCAGCCCUAUGAAAGGCAAAGGGAAAGGUCGCCCGAGUUCGGCUAAAGCAGUGGAGAAAUCCUCGCCCAAAGAUGACGAGGAACCCGAGAGCCCUCUUGAAGAUGAGGAGGAGGAAGAAGAGGUGGAGAAGAAGGAGUCUCCUCCAUCCAAAAAGACGAAGGAUGAAGCCCCUGAAGACGAGGAAGAAGAUGAGGAAGAGGACGGCUCAGAAGAGGAGGCUCAAUCCGGGGAAGACUAGCCAUGUUACUAACCUUGUCCCUUUAUUCUAUUUCCCUUUACACUCUCUUUUUUUUUUUUUUUUUUAAGUUUGUUUGCUUUUCAGAGUUUUUUCAGUGUCUGUUGUGGCCUGGCUCAACGGUUUGAACUUUUUUUUUUUUUCUAUAAUUUCCAUAUCGCGAAGGACAUUUUCCCAGAACUUGUGAGCGUAUAUAUCUAUAUAUAUUAUUGAGUAAAAUGUGUCUGAGUCUGUUUAUUUAUGGGUAUAUAAUCUUGAGGGAAGCCCAUCGUUCCAAACCAAGUAGCGUCGCUGCUCGCCCAGAGUGAUCACAUGACCGAAUUCUCCCAAAAUGCUUUAGCUUGUUUAUUUCCGUAACCUGUAUAAAGCGUAGGGUUCACUCUGCAUUGUUGCGGCUGAUGGUCCUCGUUCAUAAAAUGAAUUGCUGUGUAAAAUGUUCGUAAAACCAUUCGUGUGUAAAGUAUCGCAACUGAGGGCGAU